CCCAUUAGUCUCAUGUCUGCUAUAAAUUGUCAAUGUGUGAGCUUUGGGGCCACAUACGGGAAUAUUCACUGAGAAGGUUCGUUUUCUGGGGUGUUGCGAUUUUACAGUCAAGAAUGAGCCAACUUGUGCACGUGUUCGCGUGUCUCGUUGCCCUCGCGUGCCUCGGCCAUGCAUUGGACGACAACUCAGAGGAGAUUAAUGGACACGUCCGAGAAAUGAUCGACAGUGUAAGCUCCGCCGCGAGACGAGCGAGUGACGGCGACGUCAGUGACGGGAGUGACGUCAAGCGGGAUGGGCAGGUUCUGGGUUUCGGGGGCCGAUGUGCUUGGUACAACGACAAAUGUUCUGGCUGGACCACCCACUGCUGUGAUCCCUGGAAGUGCAAGUACAAGAAAUGGUCCCAUCGCUUCUCCAGGACUGGGGGUCGCUGCCUCUAGACGCUGAUGUACUGGACUUAAUAAAGCUUCACAAAAUUA